UGUCAAUAUUUUCAUUACAAAAUAGUAAAAAAAUCGGACGAAUUAUGCCUUUGUCUACUAUUAUACGACAGGGUUACGUAAAUUCCAUUAAAUUCUUGUAUAAAUCAAAAUUAUCCGUUAGAAAACGAUCAACGAAACAUCCGCUCAUAACACCAACUAAAUAUUUUAUAUUAUCUAUCGGUAUGGUGGAGUAUGUUUGGAGCCUAAUGCCAAACAAUGAAGAUAAAGAAAAAAUCGCAAAAUAUUGGCAAAACGAACCCCUGGGCGAUGUCAUAGAAAAAGCGGAUCAAAUGCUUAAAGAAGGCCAAUAUAUGGAAGUUUAUGAAAUGCUAAAUCGGUUAAAAUACAGUCAAGAUCUUGGUGUUAUAUGGAGAACAGUUAAAGCAUUAUACAAUAUUUCCUUAAACGAGGACUUGACAGUCGACGUGAGGAAGAUAAUGCUUCAAGAAGCUUAUGAUAUUCUAAUGAAAUCAGCAACAUUGGGUGAUGGAAAGGCUUACUAUCACAAAUGGUUAGCUGUUAUUUUAAAUGCCAAAAAUGGCCUUGAAAGUUUAGAAACCAAAGUGACUGAAUAUACAAAGAUACAGGACCAUCUUAAAAUUGCUUGCCAAACUAAUCCUAAAGAUUUUACAAUUCAGUACAUGCUCGGCAAAUAUCACUAUGAAAUGGCCAAUAUGACUUGGUUUCAGAGAUUCUUGGCUAGAUACCUGUUUAAAGAGCCUCCUAAAUCUAACUUUGAAGAGGCUUACAAACAUCUAAAUAAAGCUGAAGAAUUACUGCCUAGAACGUUCUUACCUAAUGUGUAUCUACUAGGUAGUGUUUGUAUAGAACUUGGACAAUAUUACAGGGCAAAAUAUUAUCUCAAUAUGGCUUUGAAUUUACCUACUCAUACUGAGUGUGACCAAUGCUGCUCAGCUAAUGCCAAGAGAAUUUUGGAAAAGUUAGAAAAGUAUGAUUUAGGCAAAGAUCUGCUUUAUGAGAAUUAUGAUAAUUUUGGUUUUCACUCUUAAUAUAAAAAUAUGUAAUUCACAACAAUAAAAUUUAUCAAUUUACUAUA